CCUGUUCCCCAGAUCUUAUGACCCGCCGUGGAAUGAGGUGACACAUUGAACCGAGAGGGGGAGGAGUCGUUCCGGCCGCCUUUGAUUGGCUGAGGGGCCGCCACGUGAUUCUGUUGGCGGAAGUGGUUGUUGGUUAUGAAAGAGGAUACCGUGGGGUCCUCUUGGAAACAUGCAGUUCUUUGGUCGGCUUAUGACUACUUUCAGCAAUGUCAGCAACUUGUUUGCCAACCCUUUCCGGGUGAAGGAGGUUCCCUUGACGGAGUAUGCAUCUCGGAAACGUGUGAAGUGGGAAGAUAGGGUAGCCUUAUAUGAUAAACAUUCAAGCCGCUCCUGGGACUGUGUUCUCAUUAAUCCUCAGAAUCAAACAACAGCCUUCCGACUUUUCCAGGUAGACAAUGAAGCAGAUGCAAAUCUGUACUUCGAGAUGUAUGCAAAGCAGUUGCGCCCAUUCUAUGAGAGUUAUCGUGAGCCUUUAUCCGUGGAAACUUUGCAGCAGCUGUUGGACUGUUUUCGAAGCAACCCCAACUGGUCAAUGGCUCACAUAGCAGUAGAGCUCGGGCUUAUGGAGAGCUUCCGACACAAUCAUAUCCUGAGCUGCAUAAACAGCAACAGUGGUGAAAACGAAUGCACUCCUCUACACUUAGCUUGCCAAAAAGGAGACCUUGGUAGUCUGCGAGAAUUGAUAAAUGAAUGCCAUGCCCGUCUAGAUCUCACAGACAAAAAUGGAGACACGGUCUUUCAUUAUGCUGUCCGAGGAACAAACCCGAAGAUCAUUGAGCUCCUGGGCAGGAAGUCAACUGCUGCUUUGGACCAUCUGAAUGAGGAAGGACAGAGUCCUCUGCACUUGGCUUGUCAACUGGGCAAAGAAGAUGUUGUCAUCUCUCUUUUGAAGGUUAAUGCCAAGUGUACUAACUUGGGACCACUGGGUUAUCCCAUCCACACCGCUAUGAAAAACUCCCACAAAAAAUGUGCAGAGGCCCUUCUGAACAAGGAGAUUAGCCAGAUUCAGUUGGUGGAUCCACGCCAUGGUGCCACACCCCUCCAUUGGGCCAAAAAUGCUGAAAUGACCCGGCUACUUAUUGAAUAUGGCUGUGAAGUCAACACCCUCAGUGCAACUGGGGAUUCAGCUCUGCACAUUGCUGUACGGCGUGGGCGCUUUGACUGCGUGAUGGUGCUGCUGACCCAUGGAGCCAAGACCAACAGCAAAGGGAAGGAUGGGAACACACCACUUCACCUGGCCAUGCAGCAAGACCAUCUAGAAACAAUCAAGGCGCUUAUUGUGUUUGGAGCAGAUAUGGAUAUCCCCAAUGAUAUAGGGGAGACGCCGGGCUUGUUGGCAGCCAGGACUAGCAAAGGUGCCAACCGGCAAGUACUGUUAGACCUGCUGAAACUUUUAGGGACUGAACGCUUCCACCCACCUGGUUCAGUCAUAACAGCACCAACAUCAACUACCUCUUCCGUCCCAGAAGGAUCAUCAUUCCCAUGGAGCACUAGCCAAAACCUAGAGUAUCAAGAAUAUCUGCAUGUCUCUACACUUAGCACCAUGGAGAAAAAGCCAGAUGUGACGGAGUCCGCCAUGGAGAGGCACAAAGCGCAAGACCGUCUCUUGAGUCUGGAUGGUGGAGGUGUUCGAGGCGUGGUGCUUAUCCAGUUUCUCAUUGCUGUAGAGAAAGCAGCAGGGCGUCCUGUCAGAGAGCUCUUUGACUGGAUUGCUGGGACCAGUACAGGGGGGAUCCUGGCCAUUGCUGUUGUGCAUGCAAUACCCAUGGAUCACAUGCGCUGUUUGUACUUCCGCAUGAAGGAUGAGGUAUUUCGUGGGUCGCGGCCUUAUGAGUCACAGCCCCUUGAGGAUUUCCUAAAGAAGGAGUUUGGAGAACAUACAAAAAUGACGGACGUCAAGAACCCCAAGCUCUUGUUGACAGCAACUCUCUGUGACCGCCAACCUGCUGAACUCCACCUGUUCCGGAAUUACAAUAUCCCAGAAGUGAAAAGCAAAACUCAUAGUAAGGCAACGAGCUCUUUUCAACCAAUGACUAAACCAGAAGAUCAGCUGGUGUGGCAGGCUGCACGUUCCAGCGGAGCUGCGCCAACGUAUUUUCGGCCCUUUGGACGGUUUCUGGAUGGAGGGCUUCUGGCCAACAAUCCAACCUUGGAUGCCAUGACAGAGAUUAAUGACUACAACAAGUACUUAAUCCAAAAUGGCCAAGGCCACAAGGUGAAGAAGUUGGGAGUGGUGGUCUCUCUGGGGACCGGCAAGGCUCCUCAGGUUCCUGUGAGCUCCGUGGACGUCUUUCGCCCAUCCAACCCUUGGGAACUGGCCAAGACUGUUUAUGGGGCUAAAGAACUGGGCAAACUGGUGGUGGAUUGUUGCACUGAUCCAGAUGGUCCGUGUAUUGACCGUGCAAGAGCCUGGUGUGAAAUGAUAGAUGCCCACUACAUCAGGUUCAAUCCCCCUUUGGAAGUCGAUGUAAUGCUGGAUGAAGUGAGUGAUACGAUUCUGGUGAACUUGCUGUGGGACACUCAGCUCUACAUUUACCAGCACUGGGAACAGUUUCAACGCUUAGCAGAAUGGCUCCUCAAUCCUUGAUGCUUUGCAAGACUCCAUGGUAUCAAUGUUGUGUGUCUGCAGUUGUGGUUUGGAAUAUCCCAAAGGACGAGUGGAUUCUGCUGAGCUGGGUCUUCCUCCUUCUCAAAUCAGGAGAUCAAGUGAAGAUUUCGACCUGCUGAAAGAACAUUUCAGCUCCUACAGUUGUGUACUUGCAGUGACUGCUCUUUUUCUGCGGACCCUCAAUUUCACUUUUGUCAUGGCAUUACAUGCCAUCUAAACUGAUUAGAGUUGGACCAUCUCUCUUUCCCUCCUGGCAUAUGAUGGCAGCUGUAUUGACUAUAACCCUUUGGUUCAAUGACUGUAUUCUUCGAUCCAAAUUUUGUAUUGAUAUUUAAGAUUAAUAUAUAAUUACCUAUUUCUCCAUUUUUCUUGUCAAAUUCAGAGUUUCUCUUGAGUGGGGAUCUAAAAUUAUUUCCUCACAUAAGCCAGGGCUAGUCUACUGCAGUUUGUUUUCAGCUGAGAUAAUAUAUCUGUCCCACAUUGUUACUGUCCUGGGUUGAAAAUGUUUGAUCUCUACAGCCGGAAAAUGACCUGCUACAACUGUCCAGUCCUUUUUCCUGUUUUAUGUUCCAUUUUACUGACUCCUUCAACCUCUGAAUGAGACUAUUUUGGUCUUAGCGACAUUGAAGAGCACAAGGAAAAUGGAAAUAAUUGGGCAAAUGCUUUUUCUAGGUGGCACCUUCUGUUUGCGUUUGCCCACUGACAGAAACGUGGAAGGCUUGCUUUCUCCUGAUAAAACUACAUUUCCUCAAAAAAAUUGAUACAUGUAGGCCAGAUCAAAAAGCAAGGAGGAAACUUUUCUUUCUCCAAAGAUUAUUUUUUUUAAUUAAAUGGGGAAAAUAGCAACCAUCCAUGUCUUUUUCUUCCUUGAAGACAAGUCUUUAAAGUGCUGCUGUUCAUCAUAACUGUAAUCUUUUUACAUUUACAUUAUUUAACAGAAUAUAUUGGUUAAAUGUCCUAAUAAAUGUAAAAUCUAAUAGGUGGUUUUUCCUCCUCCCCCUCCCUUUCUACACUUUUCUGGUUUACAUGAAAAUAACUGUCAAAUUGUGGUGAUGUUAAGACUACAAAAGUGUCACAAAAUGACUCAGUAUUAAAUAAAACGAGAGUUAUUUGAAACUUGAA